AUCAAGAGGAGCGCACAGCACCAGAACAGUGCGCAAAAAUAGAAGAUAGGCGACUCUGAACUGAUAAAGGGGGUAUAGUGUGUUCAAUUUGCCAAGGGACAUCCUUUAUUCGUCUUAGUUCGAGCUGCACUUUAUACUUGGGUAAAAUGUUAAGAGUAUUGGAGACGUUAUUGACCCUCCUGAUGUGGGGUUACUGCGUUCUGGCCACGCAGGUCUCCUUCUCCAACUUCUCCAUGGACAACGAGGUGCGCUCAAGCUUCAUCCAGCGGCGGCUCCGGAGCCAGGAGCGCAGGGAGAUGCAACGGGAGAUCCUCUCCAUCCUGGGGCUGCCGCACCGCCCGCGGCCGCACGUCCACACCAAGCAGAACGCUGCGCCGAUGUUCAUGCUGGACCUGUACAACACCAUAUCCACAGACGCACAGCCGCCCGGAUAUUCGUACUACAAGCCCGCUGUACCGACCCAGGUCUCCCCCAUGGUGACCCCGCAGGACAACCGCUUCCUCGAGGACGCAGACAUGGUGAUGAGCUUCGUUAACCUCGUUGAUCAGGAUCAGGAUCAUCUGUUCCAACAGCACAGGCGAGAAUUUCGGUUCGACCUUUCCCGAAUCCCAGAGGGAGAGGCCGUUACAGCAGCCGAAUUCAGGAUUUAUAAAGAAUUCAUCCAGGAAAGCUUCGAGAACCAGACGUUCAGAGUCAGCGUGUACCAGGUCCUGCAGCAACCUCCAAAUAGUGAAGUGGAGCUCCUCUUGCUGGACCAGCGAGAAGUGUGGGCUGCAGAGGAGGGCUGGCUCAUCUUUGACCUCACGGCCACCAGUAACCUGUGGCUGUCGGACCCCGAGCAGAACCUGGGCCUACAUCUGGUCCUGGAGGACAGCCGCGGCCAGAGAAGGAACCCCCUGCUGGCAGGUCUGGUGAUCGGCAGUGGACCUCAGGACAGGCAGCCUUUCAUGGUCGCCUUCUUCAGAGCCGAUGAGGUGCGUUUACGCAGCAUCCGCUCCGCUCAGGGCCACAAAGGGCGCCAUUCUAACCGCUCCAAAUCCCAGAGGACUGUUCAAGAUGCACUGAAGGCUGUAGAGGCUGCAACAGAUAACCUCAGCAUCUCUAAAGAGGGAUGUAAAAAGCACGAGCUGUAUGUCAGCUUCAGGGAUUUGGGAUGGCAGGACUGGAUCAUAGCACCAGAGGGUUAUGCAGCGUACUACUGUGAGGGAGAAUGUGCCUUCCCUCUAAACUCCUACAUGAAUGCCACCAAUCAUGCUAUUGUGCAAACUCUGGUGCACUUUAUCAACCCGGAGACGGUCCCAAAGCCCUGCUGUGCACCUACCCAGCUCCAUGGCAUCUCUGUGCUGUACUUUGACGACAGCUCCAAUGUCAUCCUCAAGAAGUACCGCAACAUGGUGGUCAGAGCUUGUGGCUGUCACUGACCGCCUCUUCCCCCUCGCGUGAGCUCUUUCAAUCCGGAUGGAUUCUCAAUUAAAGGCAGAGAGGUGGAACAAGAGACAAGAGAUUGACUGGCUGGUUCCUCAGGGAGCUCAGAGCUUUAAUCCGAGCUUCCCACGCAGUAUUAACUUUUACAAUGAACCAAUUAGAGCUGUUUGUCACAGAGAAAGGUUGAACAAAGGGUUUCUUUGUUUUCCUUCACGUGUGACUUGCAGACGUGCACUGCAAGGACUCUGAACAGCGUGGAGCGUUUCUUUCAGGAAAAAAAAAGAAGAAAAAGCGGGGUUCUCUAAUGUGAAACACGCCUCUACCUACAUUUCAAUUUUCUUCACACCAUCAGGUUUCAGAAUAAAAGCACCUGCAUGGAAAUGUGCAUUUUGAAAAAUGAUUUCACAGCUCAUGAAUUUGAAAGCCACAUCCAUCUGUUGAACGUCGCACCUUGUCUUUUGGAACAGAUGAAUAUACUUCUGUCCUGAUGAGGGGGAAAAAAUCAGUGCUGUCCUACAAACAUCACUGGUGUUACGCUGGUUAUUCAGCAGGACGGGGUCAGGUGUAAGACAUCCGGCAGCUCAUGCCUGCACUGCUGAAGUAUUGGAGGUCAUUGAAGAUUGACAGCAGAGACUGUAAAUAACAGUGUGUGUAACUGAAAGGCUGCCUGAUGGGCCUGAUGUUUCCUAAUGCAGACACACGUCACUUGGCCUGAUGUCAGUGAUUCAUCCCAUGAGACAGACAUCGGGGUGUUCACCAUCAUCCCAAACUGCAGAGCUGCAGUAUGUGUCACAGCAGAGCUGCAGGUUGGCAAAGGGUAGCUGAAUUUUUUUCUCCAGAAUAAAUUAAAUAAAUGGAAGCUAGCAAAAAGCAGGUUGGUGUGGGUU